AAAAGACGUUUUUCGAUAAUAUUGAAGAUAUUUGAAAAUAAUGCUUUUUAUUGUAUUAAGAAAAUUUCGAAAAUUUUAAGUAAUAUCCAUGCAGCUGACUUAACAAUUAAUGAUUAAUGUAUGAAUCCAGAAUGAAAAAAUUAGAUAGAAAUGCAAGAAUUAAGAAGCACAAUUCUGAAGACAAAAUAAAAAAUACCAAUGAAAUGAAAAAUUGUUCUACACCACCACCCCUGCCACCUUAUGGUGAUGAAGAAGGUUGGGAAUUGCAGUUCUGCAAAUGGUGGGGAUGGAAUUGGGUUAGAAAAGAAAAAAGAUAUGUUAAUAAAAUAGACCACGAAUUUCAAUACGAUGGUCGAUCUUUGAAAGAACAAACUAUGAAAAAUAUGCAAAAAAUGCGAGGAGCUGGAGAUGUUCCUUUACAACCCAAACACGAUAAAAAUCGCUAUUUCAAGCAUAUACGCAACCUUUUCCUUAAAUUAAAACACACGUCGAGUAUUCAAAAGUUUUUUAACACUCAUUCGGCUAGACAUCGUUGCCAAUGUACUAACUGCAACUACGGAAUGAAAGAAAGAACGAACAUACCAUUUUUUUGUAAUAAGAGAUGUUACUUAGAUGAUAAAGGACAUAAGCACAUUUGUAUAAAGGAUCAAGCAGAUGAAAGUUCUGGAAGUACAUCUAUAGGCUUAUGUUCAUCGUUGAAGCAAAUUUGUUUAGGUAGUAGAAAACAAACACAUAAUGAUGUAUUAGUUACCAGGACGGACAGUUUUCAACAAACUCAGGAAAUGAAAAAAACGAAAAAGAAAAAAUACUAUCAUCUUGUUUGUAGCGGCUGUUAUCCUCAAAUAUGCUGCUGCCGUUGUCACAAACAAACACACAACAAAGAAGUACAACAUUGCGGUCUGCCUCUACAAUCAAAUGCGAAAGAUUCUUCACGGGAACCAAAAUAUUCAAUAUACAAACCUAAUGAUGAUAAGCAUAAAAUACCCGAAUUGCCUCCAGGUGACUACACAUACCAACAAUUACGUCAAGACUCAUCUAAAAUAAGACGACAUCUUCCAAAUCGUCCGCGAUAUAGGCCUCUAAAAUAUCACGUACAACUUCACAGAUGUAAUGAAAACAAAGAAGAAACAAAUUACGUAGAAACUAAAGGAGAAAGACAUUUCUGCUGCCAUUGCUCCCACUUAGGAGACGAGUACGAUCAAAUAAUCCCUGAAAAAGAGAAUCCUGAUCGUUUAAAUAACAAACAGAUCAACGAAUCGCCAAAAAAAUCUGUUAAUUUCAAACGACGGCAGUCAGCCCUUCCUGUAUUAUCUGAGUCAUCAUAUUCAGAUAACGUUUCGGAAAUACCUUCUUAUUCGGUAAAUAGAAAUUGUUUUGAAAGAUGCGCUUAUAAAAACAAAGAAGAUUCGAAUGUUGGAAUCAAGGAUCAAUUGUGUCAAGAGAGAUGGGAAGCAACGUAUGAUCGCCCGGAACAGAAAAACAUUCGUUCUACGCAAGAGUCUCACCGACGUAUGAGAUGUCAGUCUUAUCCAGGGUCACCAAAAGAUAAAGAUUCGCCUAAUUGUUACAAUUGGUAUUCACCACUUCACGCCAGUAAACCUUCAAAAUAUCGAAGAAAAUUAUUCGACCGUUACAAAUUUGUACGAAAAUAUCAUAAUUUCCAGAAGCAGCAACCUCACAAAUCAACCAAAACAACAAAUCCCAAACGACCAUCUAGCCACAUUAACAAUUAUCCUCAUGUUCCAUGUAAGAAACCAAAAAUAAGCGAUACGCAAGAAACAGAAUUUCCCUAUAAAAUUUAUCGUGACUGGAACAUUUUUGGGAAAAAUAUGCUCCCUAAAUUUGGAUCAUACAAUCGAAUGUACCAUCAAAUAAAAAAUACGCGAUCUGAUAUCUUUGAUAGACAUUAUUCUUUGAAGUUGGAAGAAGAAUUCCCUAGCCCAGUAUUAGGAAAAAUGUAUAAUCUAUCUCCAAGAUCGAUCUUAGAUCCGAAAAAUUAUACAAGAUCCUCUUUACCAGAUCCCAUAGAUGUAGAUAAUGAUUUUAAAUAUUUAGAAAAUGUGAAAGCUUCAGUUAAGGUAGAUCACAAUACUAGGAUUAUGUUAGAUGCUGCUUGUGACGCUAUUUUAUUCAAUAACAAACAUCAAACCGCUGAAAGUACUUUAAUAAGAAAAUUUUCAUAUCCCGAUGUUGACGAGGAUGUUUGCAAUAAAUUUGACGGGUCUUCUCGUCAACUUUUUCCAAUUAGUUCAACACCACAAAAAUCGGAUUUAGUAUUUAUGGAAAAAUUAGAGAAGUUGGUAGAAAGCAUUUUAAACUCUAAAUUGGAACAGUGCAAAAAACGUAACGACGAGAAUAAUGACUCUCCAGUUUUAUCGGUACCUAAUAAACUGCCGGAAAUAACCACUGACUCGCAACUAAGUACAGGACACAGUAUUUCGGAACAAUUUAAUAAGCUUAAUAAUCUUUUCGAAAAAAUGGAUCAAGUCACUACACAAAACGAAGCUAAUAUUAAAAAAAUUCAAGACGCGAUACAACCACUUUCUGAGACAAAAGAAAAGAAUUCAAACUUGGAAGAAUCCACAAACCAACCUCUUUCUGUUAGUUUAAUAGAUAAAAUUAUGUCCAGCUUUAAUAAAAAAGAAGAAAAACAUUCUACUAUGCCAGAAGACCUUCGUAGUUUACCAAAAAUUAAUGAUAAAACUAAAACUCUCUCCAGCAAAAAUGAAGUUUUUCCAGAAUCUUCAACUUCUGGAAUUAACCGAACGAAAAAUUUCAAUAUUCAAUCAAGCCAUUCUUAUGGUAAUCAACAAGAAGCAUCCAAGUUUGUUUUUAAAAAUGUUAGCGACGUUUCUGUAAAAUCCAAAUUACCAGUUUUUCAACAUAUUCUGAAUAAUACUUAUCCCGUGUCAAUAUCACGCACUAGAAAAGGUUUUAGAACUAGAGAUACUAUCAAAAAUAGAAAAAUGAGAACAAGAAUUCCAGUUAGAAAGAAAAUUUAAAUGCUUUUAUUGAAUAGAGGCAACUAAAUUUUUUUAAAAAAUAUACUUCAAGAGUAAAAA